AUGAGUACCACCAUUGCUACACCGCUUUUUGCUUGUUCUCGUUGUUUCUCUAGGCAUCCUUUUGAAGAAUUAUCUCCAGGAGAACAACUUUGCAAAGAAUGUCGUGGUUCUUUUCCUGUUGUCAAGUGUACUUAUUGUCGCUCCGAGUUUCAACAAACAAGUAAAUCAAACACGUCAUCCAUUUGUAAAAAAUGUGAGGCCAAUGUUAAAUCAUAUGGGAAACCUACAGCAUGUGAAUAUUGCAACAUUAUUGCUGCAUUUAUUGGUAAUAAAUGUCAACGUUGUGCAAAUUCCGAACGCAAAUAUGGACCAGCUGUAUCAUGUGAGCAAUGCAAGCAACGCUGCGCUUUUGAUCGCCAUGAUGAUAGUAAAAAGGUUGAUGGCAAAUUACUAUGUUGGCUUUGUACCCAGUCACUAAAAAGGGCUUUGGCAAGGACGAAGCAGCAUUUGUCUUCUGUUGAUAAACACAAACACCGUGGACACAAGUCAAUAAAUAGUCACAAAGAAAAGCGCAGAUCGGACAUGAUGAAAUCUAUGAAUUCAACAGACUCAUCAUUAAAUGAAUCUCAACCGCUGGAGAAGAAGUCCAAGUUGAAUCCUUUGCAGGGUGAACUGGAUCCUAACAGCUCGGAUCAUGUAGUGGCAAUGACUCAACUCAAGGAGACAAUUGCCAGCUUGCAGAAGAAGGUGCAACAAAAAGAAAUGGAACUACUUUCCAAAGAUAAACUGAUCACAGAGUUGAAAGCUCAACAUCAUAACAACACAACAGAGCUCAGGAAUGAAAUGAAGAACAAGGAGCGAAUGAACGAGACGAAGUUUACUCUAAUGAAUACCAAGAUUCAGAAUUUAUUGAAAGAAGUGGCAACACUCAGUAAAUCUGCAAAGAAAAAUAACAAAAACACAAAAUCAGUGCUGAACAAUGCAGAAAACAGCGGCAGUGGCACAGACAGCCCCAGCACUAAC